UCCCCACCAGCUCCUGCACUAGUUUCACUCUCUCUCUAUCUCUCUCUCUAUCUCUCUCAAUCUCUCUCUCUCUACACUCCUCUCUCCAUUGUAUCCAGGACCUACCUACCCCCCUCUUGUUCAUUGGGAAAGGUUUUCCAGAAGGUGGAAAAUGUCACCUGAUUCACUCUGAAACAUUUUUUGUUUCCCCACCCCCAAACACACACACACACAUUAGGAGACCGCCCACCGCAGACAGCUAAGACCCCCUUAUAGAUUUAAAGAGAGACUGCAUGAGAGGCUGCUGUUCAUUCAAUAGAGUCCGGACUUGUGCCUGGUCCAUUAUCCCAUCUCUCUCCACUUGAGACUCUGCUCGUCCCACUCCCAGCACUGAGGAUGUUAAAUGAAAGGAUCCAGCCGGGCAUGAUUUUCCUCCUGACUGUCUCCCUGUGCCAUUUCAUGGAAUAUCGCGCAGUCCAAGCUGGGAAUUGCUGGCUGCAGCAGUCGAAGAAUGGCCGAUGUCAGGUUCUGUACAGGACUGAACUGAGCAAAGAGGAAUGCUGCAAGACUGGCAGACUGGGCACCUCAUGGACAGAAGAAGAUGUACCCAACAGCACCCUCUUCAAAUGGAUGAUAUUUCAUGGAGGGGCCCCACAUUGCAUCCCCUGCAAAGAAACAUGUGAGAACGUAGACUGUGGCCCUGGGAAGAAAUGUAAAAUGAACAAGAAGAACAAGCCGAGGUGUGUCUGCGCUCCGGAUUGUUCCAACAUUACUUGGAAAGGUUCAGUGUGCGGAAUUGAUGGCAAAACCUAUAAGGAUGAGUGCGCUUUGCUCAAAGCCAAAUGUAAAGGGGUCCCGGAGCUGGAUGUGCAGUACCAAGGAAAAUGCAAAAAGACUUGCAGGGACGUGCUGUGUCCAGGGAGCUCCUCGUGUGUGGUGGAUCAGACCAAUAACGCCUACUGUGUGACAUGUAAUCGGAUUUGCCCGGAGCCUACCUCCCCUGACCAAUAUCUGUGUGGGAAUGAUGGAAUAACCUAUGGAAGUGCGUGCCACCUGAGGAAGGCUACCUGCCUGCUGGGCAGAUCCAUUGGAUUAGCCUACGAGGGGAAAUGCAUAAAAGCCAAGUCUUGUGAAGAUAUUCAGUGCAGCGCUGGAAAGAAAUGCCUGUGGGACAGUAGAGUGGGUAGAGGUCGCUGUGCGCUGUGCGAUGAUCUGUGCGGAGAGAGCAAGUCAGACGAUACAGUGUGCGCCAGCGACAACACGACUUACCCGAGCGAGUGCGCCAUGAAACAGGCAGCCUGCUCCACGGGGAUUCUUUUGGAAGUGAAACACAGUGGAUCUUGCAACUGGAAUUCCAGCACUAUUUGAUAAUAAAUGUACAACUUUCCAGUGGCCUCAGUUAAAGCUGCCUGCAAGAUUUUGGCAUUUUUUGCAGGAAAAAAAAGCCAAGCUAUUUACAAGGGGGUUGCCUGAGAAUAUCUUUCCUUCUAUUUCUCUAAUUUGCUUCUAUGUGCUUCGCUGAUUGCUUCAUUAACGCUUUGAGUGACCUAACUCCAUCCAAGUACCACUAGUAGCUUUGGGUUCUGUCCCCGGGCAGAAGCCUCUACUAACUCUGAGGACACAAGCAGUACACCUAGAACACGAGCGCUUUUUGUCUGAUUACAGGAAUCUGCAAUAACAGCCUGAUCCAUUGGUUCUUCAGAACUUUAAGACUUCAUAGAUUAUGUAUAAAAAAAACAAAAAAAUAAAAAUAAAGUAUUAUUUAUCAGGUGAUGCCAAGCAGCAUCCCCUGCGAGUCACAUGCAAUGCAACGCUGUAUUAUGGCUGGUCAGAGGGCUUUGAGAAACAUGCACUGAGCUUCUGCGCUGUUGUUGUCCUUAUUUAAACAACAGCUCCCCUAUAUUCCCCCAUAUAGCCAUUGUUGAAGAUACAGAGGAGGAAGAAGAGGAAGAGGAACCGGACUACAGUUUUGUCAUAUCUUCAUGGUAACAGCUCCCAAAACUGUUGGAACAGCCUCUGGGCAAGAACACAUGUCCAUACUGUAAAUAGGUGUAUGCUUAUUUAUUUUGGGAAAGAAGAAAAAAAAAACAAAAAAAACAAAAACAAAGUAUACAUAUAGUUGAGUCUGGUAGACAUUUAUUUAUACUGUCAUGUUUUAUAAUUUAUACAUAAAAUGUCUGGUUUUUGACUGUACACCUUGUUUUGAAGAAAUAUAUUCGUCAAAGGAAGAGCAGUGUUAUUUAUUGUGAAAUAUCUUCUUCGCUUGUAAAGUCCAGCUUUUCUUGUAAGUCCAUUCCUUAGAGGUGAUUGACGGUACUACUGUCCACUCUGAACCCCUUGAGUAAUGGAGGAAUGCGCGGUGCCAAGAGAGUCGGUGGCGCGUUACGCAUAGUUAUCGCGUUACGCAUGGCGCGCAGGGGGUUCGGCGCUUUUCUUUCCAUGAACCCUGCAUGUCAGUUUCUAAAUGUUUAUUUAUUGGAUUCUCUCCUUUAGUGCUGUACAUACAUCCUUCGGGUUUUGUUUACAAGGAAUCUUGACUGACCAAAAGAGGCUGCAACAUAACGUAAAAACAGAAAAUAUACAUAAAAAAAAUAUAUAUAUAUAUAUAUAUAUAUAUAUAUAUAUAUAUAUAUAUAUAUAUAUAUAUAUAUAUAUAUAUAUAUCAAAAAAAUGGUUGAAGUGGCUGUGUUUCAGGAAAUGUCCCAGUUUCCACUAUUCUGUCAUACUGGAUGGAUAAUUUCCCAAAAGACUUUUUGUGGUUCCUUCCCACCUAUUUGAUACAAAUACUUAUCAUUUCCAUCGUGCCAAUUCAGUGUAUUUCGACUUUUUAUCAGUCCAAGUUUCUUGCGUUUUUUCAUAAUACACUUUUUUUUUUUUCCUCCUGAUUUCUAUUUUAUAUUUUCAAACAUGGCAAGUUAAAUAUAAAUUCAUUUAAAUAUAUAGUUUUGUACUUUUUUUACCAUGUAAAUGUGUAAUGUAUAUAAAAGUUAUAAUGUGUAUUUGUAAAUAAAUUAUGGGUGAACAAUAAAAUAAAUGGAAUUUG